AUGGAAGCACAGCGAGAUCAGCGAGCAACCAAGCUCAGGAAGACGGAUUCGACAGCCUCCGAUUUUCACUUUCCACCUCCUUCACCAGCGCCAGCAGAUGAAUUUGAUGAAGGGUCGAGGCAUGUUGUUCCUCCACCAUCUCCAGCCAGUGCAGCAUUCCGACCCCAAGUGGAAAAGGGCGUCAAAUACAUCGUUGUCUCUGGUGGUGUGUGCAGCUCGUUGGGGAAGGGGGUAGCAACGUCUUCAAUUGGGGCGCUGUUGCGAGGGCACGGCUUUCGGGUCACAGCCAUAAAACUGGACCCAUACAUCAACAUAGAUGCUGGAUUGAUGAGCCCGUACGAGCAUGGCGAGGCACCAGAGUUAGAUGACGGUGGAGAAACAGACUUGGAUUUGGGCAACUACGAGCGGAUGAUGUACCUUUCCUUGGGGAGGGACAACAACCUCACGACUGGCAAGAUUUACGAGUCAGUCAUUAAGAAGGAACGUGAAGGAAAGUACUUGGGCAAGACCGUGCAAGUGGUUCCACACAUUACUGGUGCGAUUGUAGAGUGGAUCAAUCGUGUAGCACAGCAAUCUGUGGAUAGUUCCGGCUUGCCACCACAGAUUUGCAUGAUCGAACUUGGCGGUACUAUCGGUGACAUCGAGUCCAUGCCGUUCAUAGAGGCCUUGCGCCAAUUGAAGUUCCAACUCCCUGAGAACUCACUGGCAUGGUGUCACUGCUCUUACAUUCCGAACAUGAGCGGGCAGAAGACCAAGCCAACGCAGCAUUCGGUGAAAGCUUUGCUGGGGCUAGGAGUGCAGCCGGACAUGAUCAUUUGCAGAUGUCCAGAUCCAGUCCUGGAGGAAACUAGGAAGAAGAUUGCCAACCAGUGUGCCAUUCAGUCUGGCCGAAUUAUCAGUGCUCAUGACGUGGCAAAUCUUUUCCACGUUCCAGGUAUGCCUGGCAGCGGCAAGAAUUUGCGCACCUUGAACGACUGGGAAAAAUUCGCCAAGCAGGUGGAUCAGGCAGAAGCUGCCAUGCCAGUGACCAUUGCCUUUGUUGGCAAAUACAACAAAGGCGGUGGAGAUGCAUACCAGUCCGUCGUGGCUGCGCUCAAUCAUGCAGCGGUGGCUGAAUGGAUUGAUGCAACACACCUGGAGCUGCCAAGCAAAGAUGCGAGGAAUUACGAGGAGCUGAUGAGACGAGCGCAGGAGGCGGAGGCCCUUCUCAAAGCCGCAGAUGGCGUGUUUGUUCCCGGAGGCUUUGGCGAUCGAGGUGUCGAGGGAAAAGCACGCGCGGCCAGCCUCGCGCGUGAAUGGAAGAAGCCCUACCUGGGAGUUUGCCUCGGCAUGCAGGUGGCUCUCAUAAGCUUCGCAAGAGAUGUCCUGGGAAUAGCUGAUGCUACCAGCGAGGAGUUCGAUUCUUUCAAAACGUCGAAGAACCACGUCAUUAUUUUCAUGCCUGAAAUAUCCAAGGAAACCAUGGGUGCCAACAUGAGACUGGGUGCUCGAUACGUGGAGUUUACGAAUCCAGAGAAUUCCUUGGCUUCAUCCCUCUAUGGUGGUCAACAGCGCGUCAUGGAGCGCCAUCGGCAUCGCUAUGAGUUCAACAUUGCGUACAAAGAGCGCAUGGAGAGCAAAGGUUUGAUCUUCUCGGGCCAAGAUGAGACCAAGGAGCGAAUGGAUAUCAUAGAAAUGUCGACAAAGGACGCUUGUGGCGAGUUGAGCUGUGUUUGGAAGUUGUAA